AAAUAGAGAAAAAAUAAAACAAUCUCACUUCUUAUCCUACUAUACAGCCUUUGAACACUUAAAACAGCCAUGGCAGAGCACAAGAUUAUAGCAGAAAACACCAUUCAAGAUGCCUACAAGUUCCUCAACAUUACCCAAAAUCCAGAUGGCUCUCUUACUAGAAAAUACCCAUUUCCUAAUGUACCUUCAAAUCAAGAAAAUGAUCCAAAUUCACAACUUAUUUCACUCUCUAAAGACAUUCCUCUUAACCCCACCACAAACACCUUCAUACGCCUCUUUCGGCCCGUUAAUCCGCCGCGUAACGUUAAAUUACCGUUGAUCAUAUACUUCCACGGUGGUGGCUUUGUACUCUUUAGUGUGAGUUCUAUUAUUUUCCAUGAAUCUUGUAAUGCUAUGGCAGCUCAGUUCCCUGCAUUGGUUGCUUCCGUUGAGUAUCGGCUCGCCCCCGAACACCGCCUUCCGGCCGCCUAUGAAGACGCCGUGGAUGCCAUUAAAUGGGUUAACGAUCAAGCUCUUAGCAGUAGUGAUCAUGUUGAUCCAUGGUUGAAAGAGUUUGUUGAUUUUUCAAAAAUUUUCUUGAUGGGUAGUAGUGCGGGAGGAAAUAUUGUGUACCAUGCAGGUCUACGUGCACUCGAUCUUGAUAUUGAUCCGAUCAAGAUCGUAGGGCUGAUAAUCAAUCAGCCCUACUUUGGUGGGGUUCGGAGAACAGAGUGUGAACUUAAGUUUGUUAAUGAUAAGGUUGUUCCUUUGCAUGUAAAUGAUCUGAUGUGGUCGCUUGCAUUGCCUAACGGUGCGGAUCGCGAUCACGAGUAUUCUGAUCCAAUUAUUAGUGAGAAUAAGUUGAAGGAGACGAUCAGACGGUUGCCGAGGUGUAUGAUCAGAGGGUAUGCAGGGGACCCACUGGUUGAUCGGCAGAAGAGGUUUGCCAAGAUGGUAGAGUCACAUGGUGUGCACGUGACUUCUCAGUUUCUUGAAACUGGACAUCAUGCUGUUGAGAUAUUUGAUCCCAGGAGUGCUCAAGAUUUGUAUGAUUCUAUCAAGGAAUUCAUCAAAUCUACUUGUGAUGGAAAUGUGGGCAAAUCAGCUAUGUGAUGUAGUGUGAUAAGUGAAAAUUUGUCUAAAAGUCACUUGGGAUCAUGAAUGCUUUCACGUCUUUAUUUAUAGCUUUUACAAGUGCAAUGUAUGUCAGUCGGACUUAAAAAGUGUUAUUAAUGUUUUUUUUUAAGAUUA